GGGCGUGGUGGUCCGUGCUUGUAUUCCAGUGCAGAAGAGGUGGAUGCAGGUGGGUCUCUGGGGCUUACUGGGCCACUCACCUAGUUCCAGGGCAGUGAGAGACUGUCUCAAACAGCAAAGUGGCUGGUGGCUGAGGAGUGACAGCUAAGCUUGUUCUUUGAUCUCCACAUGGUCCAGAACACAUUCCUGAGCAUGCACAAAACAUACACAUAAAUGUUAUGUCUUCUAAGUGAGUAAAAUGCUGAGAUUUGGUAAGUAAAGUUAGGGAUAGGAUGAGAAUAGUUGAGGUUUUAGUCGUGGAUAUCUUAUACACAGGUACUGUAUUUAUUAUUACUUACCCAGUUAGGAGUCAAGAUGUUAUUUCCCAAAGCAAAAACCACACUGAGGUUUUCUUCUUACUUUUUAACAGCAAACUUACAUAUUAUCUGUAAAUUUGUAGUUUUUUGUUUGUUUUUGAGACAGGGGUCUGACUAUGUAUUAAGUAGACCAAGCUGUCCUUGAAAUUUUUCUCGAGAGCUGCGAUUAAAGGUGUGUACUGUCAUCCCUAGCGAAUCUGUAAUUUUUGUGCACCCCGUGCCCUUCCUCUCUCUGCGUGUAGAAGGACGAUUGCCUGCAGCCUUUUGUUGUCAUUGGAGUGGUGCUAUGAGAAGGAUGGGGUGAAAGACUGUCAGGAGAGAGUGCUGGGUGCAGACAGGAGGCUGGCAGGGCAGGGCAGUCGGGACCCUGGGAGCCUGGUGUGUAGGAAAGGCUGCUGUGUGAGUUCACAGGCCAGCUGCCUAGCUUCCUUUAGAUUCUGCUUGUGAUAAGUAGCAUACUUAAGUGAGGAGAGGGUAACCGUGGACCGACUUGGUGCUUUCAAGUCUCGAAGAUACCGUUAGGAGCUACUGAGUGAGUGUCUCUGGCUCCUUGUGAGUCGCCUCCCACCUCUUCCAGUGUGUGUAGCCUUGAGAGUGCUGCAGCUUCUUCAGAGCUCUCUGCAGGGGUGCUGCUCCUCCUGUUUCCUUUGGAAGCUGUGAUUGGGUUGUUGUACCCCUGCAUUGACAGGCAUCUAGGAGAACCACAUAAAUUUAAGAGAGAGUGGUCCAGUGUCAUGCGCUGCGUGGCGGUGUUCGUGGGUAUCAAUCACGCCAGUGCUAAAGUAGACUUUGACAACAGCUUCCAGUUCUCUCUCACGUUGGCCGCACUGUCAGUAGGGCUGUGGUGGACUUUUGACAGAUCUAGAAGUGGUUUUGGCCUUGGCGUUGGAAUCGCUUUCUUAGCAACUGUUGUCACCCAACUGCUAGUCUACAAUGGUGUUUAUCAAUACACAUCCCCAGAUUUUCUCUAUGUCCGUUCUUGGUUGCCAUGCAUAUUUUUUGCUGGAGGCAUAACAAUGGGAAACAUUGGUCGUCAACUGGCAAUGUAUGAAUGUAAAGUUAUUCCUGAAAAAUCUCAUCAAGAGUGAAGAAGGCAAAAAUCAGUCUUUUCUCUAGGAAGCGGCGUGUAUAUGAUAGGCACACCAACGAAACUUUGGACUGUAAAAUUGCGAGGAUGCAGUUUUUCUUUGAUGGUGUGUGUGUGUGUGGGUGACACACACGUUUCUGCAGUCUGUGAUUGCUUCUGUAAAUCAGUUACCAACCUUUCGGUGUUUGAGUUCAAUAAAUGUAAGAUAUAUGUGCACUACAUGAAAGAUAUGUUUAUGAGUACAUGAAAUUUCUAAAUUUUUUAAACAUACCAUGCAUUGUAUCACAAUGUUGAUGUGCCAAACUAUGCUAUUACUGUCACAGAGAAUAAGAAUGCUUUGAACAAUUUAGAAAUUUAGUGAAACAGAAGAAGAAAGCUAAAAACAAACCGAACAGAAAGCAAAUGGGUAGCUGGUCUUACCUCUCACUGACUGUCGUGCCUUUUCCUGUUUCUAAGCAGCUGUGUGCGUUAUGAGCACUCCGCGUGUGCUUGGUCUCUGUUUCAGAGUUUCGAUCUUACUGUGUUAGCGAUAAACUUCUGUAGAUGGUGUUCAACUGCAGUACUGCAGGCAUCCAAAGACUACUUUUCUAUGUUGACAGACUUUACCAGAGGUAUAUGUGAUGUCGGGGCGUUACCAGCAUUAACCUACUUUGAGUCUCAAUUUGGAAAAACAUAACUAAAAAUUAGGAGAUUUGACUAGAUAAAUGUGUUUGGGGAAUACUGUGUGGCCUUUUCUCUGCCACAGAAACCAAAGUGAUAUUAGCUGUUACUUGGUUCUGAAGCUCACUGCUUUAGCACAUGGAUGAUUAAGGAACACCAGGCACAUGGAUCAAAGUGAAGGUUCUGAACUACUGGGUCUAGAAAGCAAGCCAUGCUGGUGGGGCCGGGCCGUGGAACCGACCAGCCCUGGGAGGCCUGAGUCUGUUGCCUUCACAAGUGCAGUCUGAGGAUGGUGGAUGCAGGCAGGACUCCCUGUGUGCUGAUGUCUGCUGCUGAAUGGUUCCGUCCUUGGAGAGUGAAUCGAGAGAGCACUCACAGAGCUUCCUGGCACAUCUCAUUAACAAUUCCUGCCAUUUACUUACGGUUUAAGUGUAUCAGCAGACUUUCCACUCGCUCUUCCUUUCUGAAAUGGUUAAUUAUCUGGCACACGAGGGUAAAUGAUUCCAAGUACUGUGGUGUGCGUGUGCUUAUGUGUUGAAUGUGUGAGAGAAAAUGUAUACAUGUGUCUGUGUGUGCAUGUGCCCAUGCGUUCCUACAGUGUCAAGUAGAUAUUUUAAAUCUUUUUCUUUUAAAGCAGUGCUGAAAUCUUGUACACCAGAGUGUAAUGUGCUUUGUGUUCUCAGGCUAAGGGUGUGAGCAUCCCAAGAGUGUCCAUGUACAAUAUGUGUAUGCAAGGCCAAUGACAGGAGUGGAGAACACACCACUAUCGUUUAUUAGUCUGUCUUUCAGAUGCUGUUCAUUAGAAUAAAUAAGGUCUAUUUUUAGAAUCAAAUUUGUAAACACUAUAAAAUCUUUAAUAAGUUAUAAGGUAUAUGAUAUGUUUUCUUUGAAAAUUGCUGUUGAAAGCAAGAUGUAUUAAAUAUGUAAUUAUCACCA